UGUGCACACAAAAAAAAAAAAAAUGAAAAAUGAAAAAACUUAGCAACAGAGUUUUAGUUAGACACAUGCCUUAGGGGUUUGGUUUCUUUCUUUCAUUGCUUUUCAUCUCUCUCUCUCUGAUAUGCUAGCCUGAAUUGUCUCCAACGCUUCCUCAACUCUCUCUCCUUUUCUUUCUCUUUCUCGUUCUCUCUUUUUAUCCGUUGUAGUUUCAGUGAAGCUUCUUCAAAGCAAUCAGAUAAAAAGAAAAGCGCUUAGUGAUUUAACCUGAAAGCUACGAGAGUUAAGGGUUUACCCACAUACCUAGGAAGCCUUAACUCUUUCAGGUUUGAGAAGAACAUUCAAUUUUCUUCCCUGCAAUGCGUUUAUCAUUGUAGAUUUUAUUGGGUUGUUGAUAUCGGACAAUUGGGUUAUUGUAAAUUAUCAAAAUUCAAGAUUUGUUGAUUGUGAUGUGCAUACAAUUACAUUGCUUGUUUGAGGGUUAAGGUUUUUGAGGCCAAAGACCAUUGCUUUUUUGGUGUCUCUAUGCUUCUUAAGUGGUUUUAUGAAUUGGGUCUUUGAGUUUAAAGGGUUUAUGUAUUUAGUUCCUUGUUUGUGCACUUACGGGUUAUUUGUUUAGUUGCUUUGAGACAAAGGAUUUCGGUAUCUGGAGUUCUGUUUAGAUUGAUCAAGACAUGAGUCGUAGGGUGCGGAGCAAGGCUGCAAAGAAAGGGAAGUAUGACGUUGUCUCACUAAGUUACCCUGAAAUUGAAGUUGAGGAUUUAGGUCAUGAGAGAAAUGGUUUUGUGGAUUGGACAAGCUUGCCUGAUGAUACUGUGAUUCAAUUGUUUUCAUGUCUGAAUUAUCGUGACAGAGAGAGCUUGUCAUCAACGUGUAGGACAUGGAGGGUUUUGGGUGCUUCUCAGUGUUUAUGGAGUUCAUUGGAUCUUCGUGCUCAUAAAUUUGAUACUGCAAUGGCUACUUCGCUUUCUUCUAGGUGUGUGAAUCUUCAAAAGCUUAGGUUUCGUGGGGCAGAGUCUGCUGAUGCAAUAAUUCAUCUACAAGCUAAGAAUUUGCGUGAAAUAAGUGGUGAUUACUGCAGGAAAAUAACUGAUGCUACUCUAUCUGUGAUUGUUGCUCGACAUGAGGCUCUGGAAAGUCUUCAGCUUGGGCCGGACUUUUGUGAGAGGAUCACUGGUGAUGCUAUAAAAGCAAUAGCUCUUUGCUGUCCAAAGUUGAAGAAACUUCGGUUGUCUGGAAUAAGGGAUGUUUAUGCUGAUGCAAUCAAUGCUUUGGCUAAGCACUGUUCAAAUCUGGUUGAUAUUGGGUUCCUUGAUUGUCUAAAAGUUGAUGAGGCUGCAUUGGGAAAUAUUUUAUCUGUUCGUUUCCUCUCUGUUGCAGGGACAUCAAAUAUGAAAUGGGGUGUAGUUUCGCAUCUCUGGCACAAGCUGCCUAAAUUGAUUGGGUUGGAUGUUUCAAGAACUGAUAUUGGUUCAACUGCUGUUUCUAGAUUGUUAUCCUCAUCCCAGAGCUUGAAGGUUUUGUGUGCUUUAAACUGUCCGGUUCUUGAAGAGGACACUAGUAUUAGCACCAGUAAAACCAAAGAUAAAUUGUUGCUUGCUCUUUUCUCAGAUAUUUUUAGAGGACUAUCCUCUUUAUUUGCCGAAACUACAAAGAAAGGGAGGAAUGUGUUUUUGGAUUGGAGGCGCUCAAAGAACAAAGAUAAAAACUUGAAUGAGAUCAUGACUUGGCUUGAAUGGAUCCUAUCUCACACGCUUUUGCGUACUGCUGAGACGAACACACAAGGUCUUCAUGAUUUCUGGCUUAAGCAAGGGGCAGCACUGUUGCUCAGCUUAAUGCAGAGCUCACAAGAGGAUGUUCAAGAAAGGGCAGCCACUGGGCUUGCGGCUUUUGUUGUUAUUGAUGAUGAAAAUGCUAGCAUAGAUUGUGGAAGGGCUGAAGCAGUUAUGCGAGAAGGUGGCAUUCGGCUUCUUCUGAAUCUAGCAAAAUCUUGGCGGGAAGGGCUUCAGUCCGAGGCUGCAAAGGCUAUAGCAAACUUGUCUGUCAAUGUGAAUGUUGCUAAAGCUGUUGCUGAAGAAGGGGGAAUUAAUAUCCUUGCUGCGUUGGCGAGGUCCAUGAGCAGGCUGGUCGCUGAGGAGGCAGCUGGAGGGCUAUGGAACCUUUCUGUUGGGGAAGAGCACAAGGCUGCAAUUGCUGAGGCUGAUGGAGUUAAAGCUUUAGUUGACCUUAUAUUCAAAUGGUCCUCUGGUGGUGAUGGAGUCCUUGAACGUGCAGCUGGUGCACUGGCAAAUUUGGCUGCUGAUGAUAAAUGCAGUAUGGAAGUUGCCAACGCAGGUGGUGUGCACGCAUUGGUGAUGCUUGCUCGUAACUGCAAGUUUGAAGGAGUGCAAGAACAGGCUGCUCGAGCCUUAGCAAAUUUGGCUGCUCAUGGUGAUAGCAACAGUAAUAAUGCUGCUGUUGGACAAGAGGCUGGUGCUCUUGAAGCGUUAGUUCAACUUACACGUUCUCCUGAUGAAGGUGUCAGGCAAGAAGCUGCUGGUGCCUUGUGGAAUUUGUCAUUUGAUGACAGAAAUCGAGAAGCAAUUGCGGCAGCUGGUGGUGUUGAGGCAUUGGUUGCUCUUGCCCAAUCCUGUUCAAAUGCUUCCCCAGGUCUUCAAGAGAGGGCGGCUGGUGCUCUUUGGGGAUUGUCAGUGUCCGAAGCUAAUAGUAUUGCUAUUGGACGAGAAGGAGGUGUUGCACCCCUGAUUACCCUUGCACGCUCUGAUGCUGAAGAUGUUCAUGAAACAGCUGCAGGGGCUCUUUGGAACCUUGCUUUUAACCAUGGUAAUGCUCUUCGGAUAGUGGAAGAAGGUGGAGUUCCUGCACUUGUUAAUCUUUGUUCUUCAUCGGUAUCAAAGAUGGCACGCUUCAUGGCUGCAUUGGCACUGGCAUACAUGUUUGAUGGGAGCAGAAUCGAUGAGUUUGCACCAAUGGGCACGUCAUCAGAAAGCACUUCAAAGAGUGUGAGCUUGGAUGGGGCCAGAAGAAUGGCUUUGAAGCAUAUUGAAGCUUUUAUUCUUACAUUCUCCGAUCCACAAGCAUUUGCAGCAGCUGCUUCUUCAUCAGCUCCAGCAGCAUUGUCACAAGUAACUGAAAAAGCUCGCAUUCAAGAAGCAGGGCAUCUGAGAUGCAGUGGGGCUGAAAUUGGAAGAUUUAUCUUCAUGCUUCGAAACUCUUCUUCAAUACUCAAGGCCUGUGCUGCGUUUGCACUACUCCAGUUCACCUUACCUGGUGGUCGACAUGCUGUGCAUCAUGCUAGUCUUAUGCAGGGUGCUGGAGCUGCAAGAGUUCUGCGUGCUGCAGCUGCAGCAGCAACUGCCCCUAUUGAGGCUAAAAUCUUUGCGAGAAUCGUACUUAGAAACCUCGAGCACCACCAAGUAGAACCUUCCAUCUAAUUCAGGAACCAAAUUAAUAUUAGGCAAGGGUUUCAUAGGCUAUAAGGAUGUUUUACCAUCUCUGUAACCUUUCGAAUAUAAGAACUUUCAGAACAAGUUGGCAUAGUCCUUUUGAUUUUCUCCCUUUGUUGUCUCCCAAUUUGUUGUUUAAAGUAAGUCUGCUUUUAGGUCUGGGUGAAUUUCCUUCCCUUGUAACAAAUCUUUGCAUGGGGAAUUGAUGUAAACCUGUACAUUUUUGUGUCUGUAUUCAUUGCAACAAUAUCUUUUAUAUAAUCUUAUAUGUCCUCUCAGGACUUAAUCUGUAUCGACCCCUGUUGUGACUUUACCAGUGUUUUGGAGAAUUCCUUUGGCAAGUACUAGUAGUGUAGUAAAUUUUUUUUAAUUGUAUUUGUUGGGUCAUGCGAGCACUGUAUUGAUUGUCUGACAGUUGUAUCAGAUUGCCUUAGUGAAAAAGAUAUAUUCCAUAACAAUCAUGGAUUUGAUGUGUUUGGAA